AUGCGGCAGGCUCAGAUCAGAGCAUGGGGCGAGAAGCCUACGUUAGUCGAUUUGCCUGAGCUGCCUCCCCCUGGCGCCGGCGAGGUCAGGAUUCGAGUCGAAGCCACUGGAAUCCAUCGCGUAGUGCAGGCACGGGCGGCAGGAAAGCACUAUUCGGCAAACACGCUCCCACAUAUUCCAGGAAUCGAUGGCGUAGGAGUGACCGACAGAGGACAAAGAUGCUACUUCGUCAGCUUCAGCUCGGGAUCUCUGGCAGAUUAUGUCAAUGUUCCAAGGUCCUCAUUAUACCCAGUGCCACAGGGAGUCGACGCUCGACAGAUAGCAGCAGCCGUCAAUCCUGCCAUGUCCUCAUGGAUGGCCUUGAAAGCAAGGACGACGGCAUUACCUAAGAACUUUACAGUCCUCGUACUCGGUGCAUCUUCCGCCAGUGGGCGUGUGGCCAUACCACUCGCUCGUGCGCUGGGGGCAAAGAAGGUCAUUGGAGCAGCUCGCAGUCAGGCGACGCUAGAUACUCUCGGCCUCGAUCAGACCAUCACCAUCGCGAGCAAUGUCGAGCAGACGAACUUUGGUGAACUCGAUGACGUGGAUGUCGUGCUGGAUUACAUCUAUGGACCUCUCACCAUGCAUCUCUUCCGGUCGUUGCAGACACCAAAACCCGUGCAGUACGUCCAUAUCGGAGGCUUGGCCGCGACAGACAUGACGCUACCCGGUGAUGUGCUGAGGUCCAAGGACAUUACCAUUCGUGGCUCUGGUCCGGGUUCGUGGUCGAUGGAAGCACUGAGUCAAGCAUUGCCAGAUCUCUUGGCGGCUAUGCAACAUGUUCCCGAGCAGCCGGUUAAGGUGGCGCAGUUGGGAGACGUCGAGAAGGAAUGGGAGUAUGCGGGACCGGAGAGGUUGGUGUUUGUACCAUGA